GCAAAAAAUGACACCUUCUUCAUCCGACACACAAAAUCCACCAGCAAUGUCCAUUUGUCCCAUUUCCAACGGUCGCUAUUUUCGUAUUGCUUGCCUUGCUUACUCUACCGACAAGUUCUUCUUUCUGGGGGACUCAUUUUCCCUCUCCAUUCUCCUCCUUUUUUGUCUGUUUCCUGUUUUCUUGUUAUCAGGACAAAUGCCAACCCAAAAGAAGGAAUGAAAAAAUGGAAAAAGAUCCUCUGAAAACGACUUGUUUGACAAUGAUUACGAAAUAAUGUAAACAGGGUCCUGCUUGGAUUCUGUUUUGGCUCUUAACAACGGGAAUUAUGUGAACCCUUUUGGAAUUGAACAUUCAUAUUCAUUCAUAAUGUCGUAAAGUUGGUGUCUUUGAGGUUAUAGUUAUUGAAGGGUUUUUUUUUUUUUUUUUGGUUGCCAAUUUUUAUCCAUCAAUGUGGAAAUUGGUUUUAGUUAUUCUGAUUGAUGGUUAAUCUUAAUCAAGUACAGGAUGCGGUGCUGCCUCCUCUUCCACCGAUGUGAGUGCCAUUAAUUUCCUCAUUUUCUUUCAAUGAAUGCUGAUAGUUCUGAUAUGGUUAAUUUAUGCUGUGUUUUUUGUGUUUGCCAAAUGUCAUGUUUGUUUUACUUUGAUGGCGUAGUGUAACAAUUUAAUGCAUGCCGGAUGGGGGUUUACGAAAUCUAGUGUGCAUUUUGUGUACGUUGUUGUUUUCUAGCUUUAUUGAGAGCCUUACCUUAUUAGUUUCAAAGGUUAUGUGAAUCAGAUUCAUUAAUGUGAGUGUGUGACUUAUGACAUCUGCCUUCAAAUUCUAUAUUUUAAGUGAAUUUUGCCACCACACCCCGAAAAGCAUUGACGCCAAGCUCCAGUGGUCUCUGAGCUCUUUUCGGUGUCUGAAUUGUAUGAAUGAGGCUACUUAUCUUCUGAAAUACUUUACAUUCUAUGUUCAUCAGUGUUUUGUUUUUCUACAUGUUCAUUUGCUUUCAAUCCAGAUGAGUCUUAAACCAUACCGAAUGAGAAAAUUGGAUUGUAUUAUGAUACUUUUGUUGUUGGUGGUCUAGCCAUUAGAAGGAGUAGAUAAACAAUUCUCUGAUGUCAAACAGAAUUUUUAUUGUUCUUUCGCGUCCUGAUUCCGUUGCCUAAUAGAAAUGUCAUCAUUUGUCAAAUGGUAGAAUGACUCUGGAUUUUAGAAAUUCAUUUUGUGCUUUUUUAUUCCUGUUGGUUGGUGGUGUGCAUUUGCUGUAUCAGGUAUUUCCCGAUCCUGCGUUUUGACGUUUGGUUAGGUUGAUGGUUCAGAGGGUUAUUUUUUCCCUUUUAGUAUAUUAAGUAAGAAGAGAUAAUCAAACCUGGUGGUAAUGCAGUCUUCCUAAUUUGAAUGCUUAGUUAAUGAAUGACUCAAGUACAAUGAAAUUUCAAUUUUGAUAGAUUUGUUAUUUGCCAUCUCCUAUCAUUUGUUUUUCUAUCUAUCACUUUAAAUUAUGCUUUUUUCCUUUGUGCUGUUCAAUGUAAAAGUCUUAUGUCCACUUGUGGUUGUAUAGCAUACACUGGCUUAAUUCCAGGAUGAUUACAAAUUUGGGUACAAUUCUCAUUUUAUUUCUACACGUUUUUUCUGAUCUUGGUUUUUUUUUUUCCCCUGCAUUUGACAUUCCAAAUGUAGCUUAUGCUGGUGUGUUGGUAGUGACCACUUCCAUCAGUAAGCGUGAAGUCCACUUCUCAUUGUAUUUGUAUACCAUUACUUGAUGUCUCCUUUCAUUUGGUGACUCUAUUCAUCACUCAAAAUAACCCUUAUGGAUUACCUGGUAUUUUACUGUCUUGUAUUUCAAUGUUUGUGUAGUCAAAAUUAGCCUUUUUGGUCAGAGGCCUAUCUUUUCUUUCCUGUAUUCUAAGUAAGAAAAGAAAAUUAAACCUUUUUGCUUUGGUUUUCCUUAUUUGUCAUUCCAAUUUUUGCUUUUUCCUUCUGCCGUUACGGUAAUCUACAAUUCAAUUUGUAUGCCUAAGGCUCCACUUUUCAUUGUAUUUCUAUGCCUUUUCAAACAGUCAGGGUGAGUGUCUGCCAAAGGAAUAAAUGAAUCUUGAGUUACUCUAGAAAAGUGUAUUAUUUCCAAAACCCUCGUUCCAUUUACAUUCCUCUUAUUGUUAGUUAUUAAGGUGUUGCUUGUUUUUUUUAAAAAAUUCUAUGAAGUAGAUAUAGUAGCUCUCAAUGUCGGUAUAAGCUGUAGUUCGGAUUAUAAAGUUAGACGGAAUAAGAGGAAGAUCAGCCAAGUUUUUGUUAAAUACGUUUUGGCCAUUUGGAAUGAAAUUAAAUUAGUUCUUCUGUGGUCACUGACAUGCACUGUACAGCUUUGUUAUGGGUGAAGAGUAGUGAACACUCACAUUGGAUUUUUCUUUACUGGGGUCCACCACAUAAAAAUUUCCGUGUAAGUCGCGGGAGGAUUCGCUUAGUCUUUGACAGUGUUUUAUUACUUGAUAAGGAUGUAAUCAUUUAAGUAAUGUGUGAAAUGGAUGAGUGAAAAAGUACUGUAAGUGGAAGAAAAUAGUUUAUAUGUAAAUGUCGUUACCAUUUGCAUUUGAGCUUGUAAAGCAUCUGCCAGUGGCUGCUUUGUGCUUAUUCCAGUGUUUAUAUGCAAUGGUUCUUGUGAGUCUAUUUUGUCAGUUCUCGGACAACCACCACAUGUUUCUCAUUUUGUGGACUUCAUGUCUGGCAAGAACUGUUAAAUGUGGUUAUAGGUGUCCUCUUAUGUUUCUGUUCACGUUCCAACUUGCAGGGUAAGGGAUGUUGCUUAACUCCCCGAAUGUGUAGGCCUGAGGGGGGGAAAUUGGAAAAAAAAAAAUGGCAUGUUUAGCAUGUGUCUUGAUAAUGAUAAUUUAAGUGGCAAAGUUUGCAGACUUCCCAUGCUAAAGAAAAUAAUGCAUGCUGUCCCUGAGAUAGAAACUGAGUUUCCAGGUCAUGCAUCCUUUGGUUCUCCAUUCAAGCUUGUUGUUACAGAGUUUAGAACAUUUUUCGAUUCUUCUUUCACCAACAUGUGUCCUUUACUGGCUUAAUGAGAAGUGAACUACAGAUAUAACAGGCUUGUAGACCUGUAUCUGACCAUUUCAUCCCCAGCCCUGGUGGAGAUCAUCUUUUCCCCCCACUUCUACGUUAUUUUUGAAAAUAUAUAUAUAUAUAUAAAUAUAUAUAUAUAUAUAUACAUACAUGUAUAUAUAUAUAGUUUGAGUUCUUCCUGUAAAUUCUUUCUCAACUUCAACAAUAAAAAAAAAAAAUGUUUCUCGGAUGACGAUCUAGUACUUUUCUACCAUAUAAGGAUAACUUAUUGCUGUUAUUUGGCUCAUGACUAAUCUUAGAUCUUGUCUUUUAACAUUGUAUAUGAUGCUAUGUAUUUACCUGUUUGCUUCUACUUUUACACAGGAAAACUGGUGGGGAGUUGAGCACAGACUUGAAGAUACCGCUCGAAAACAAAUCUAGUAUGGCAGGAAAGUGGCCAUGUCUCUUUCCUUCAGCUUCUGCUCAAGACUUGAGAUGUUUCGAGAUGGAAAAAGAGAAGCUGGAUCAAUCCUCUCCACGAGGAGUUAUAGAAGCAUGCAUUACAGAUUUGGAGAAGGAAUCCGAUUCCCCGAAGAAAAGGUGCUUAGUUUCUACAGUUGAAUCAAAGUCAAGAGAACCUUCUCGCUGGCACAGAUUCUUUAAACUCUGGAAGCAACGUACCAUAAAACGGCUCCCUUCCUUUCCUCCUUUGGUAUCAAGAAGAAGAAGUAGAAACGAAAGGGAAAGCAUAGACAUCGAGUUUUCUCCUGGAACGUGGAAGAACUUCACUCACUCUGACCUUAAGCAAGCAACUAACAAUUUUAGUCAAGAAAAUCUGAUUGGAAAAGGUGGGUAUGCUGAAGUGUACAAGGGAUGCCUCCCAGAUGGACAGCUGGUGGCAAUCAAACAGCUCAAUAAGGGAACAGCUGAGGAGCAGAUAAUAAACUUCUUAUCCGAGGUUGGCAUCAUUGCACAUGUCGAUCAUCCUAAUACUGCUAAGAUGAUUGGCUAUGGAAUUGAAGGAGGAACAUAUCUUGUUCUUGAGUUAUCUUCUCUAGGGAGCUUAGGAUCAUUGCUUCAUGGCUCAAAGGAAAAGCUAAAUUGGGAAAUUAGGUAUAAGAUUAUACUGGGAACAGCUGAUGGUUUACGAUAUCUUCACGAGAACUGCCAAAGGAGGAUCAUUCACAGAGACAUAAAAGCUGACAAUAUCCUACUCACUGAGAAUUAUGAUCCCCAGAUCUGUGAUUUUGGUCUGGCAAAAUGGCUCCCAAAACAGAUGACUCAUUGCAGUGUGUCGAAGUUUGAAGGGACAUUUGGGUAUUUCGCUCCAGAGUACUACAUGAAUGGUGUUGUGGAUGAGAAGACUGAUGUAUUUGCUUUUGGUGUACUGCUUUUAGAGAUCAUAACUGGACGACGAGCGCUGGAUGAAUCUCAGAACAGCCUUGUGCUCUGGGCAAGGCCGCUGCUUGAUCACGAUAAGAUUGACGAGCUAGUUGAUCCUUCACUUGGUAAAGAAUAUAACAAAGAAAAGAUGGAUUGUGUACUGUUGACUGCGAGUCUGUGCAUUAAUUUUAAUCCUACUGAGCGGCCUCAAAUGAAUAAGGUUGUAGCGCUGCUGAGAGGCGAAGGAAAGUCCUUGGAGUGUCUUAUGCAACGUGAAAACCAGCGAUGUUUGCUUAGAACUUACUCGGAAGAACUACUAGAUGCCGAUGAAUACAACUCAACCAAGUAUUUAUGUGACCAUCUUAUGCAUGUGGCUUUGAGUUCUUGAGAUGAGAAUAUUUGUACAUACCCUGCCUAGAAGUUUUAGAGGGAAAAAAAACAGGUUUCUUGCUGAGAGGAAAUUUGUCCUGCAAAAACUGUCUUUAUAGACUAAUUCUGGGUCAAUGUUAGGAUGAAAUUAGUGUAAAAAUGACUUGUACAAACUUCUGAAACUUGACUUGUUUUUUCUGCAAUGCGAUUGAGUUAGAUAAACAGGUAUAAAUUAUAUUGUAGAGCUCAUCUGGAAUAUGGUACCAGAAUUGGUGACUGAUCUAGCGAUUGCUUUUGUUAGAUCUUUUUACUCCUUUGCUCAUGGC